UAUGCAAACACGGUUCGUGUUCUAUACCAAUCUUUGUACAGUUGAAAGCUCAAGGGCGUGAAAGCUAGGAGCCUUGUUUGGCAAACACAGCAACAGAUAGACAAAUUAACAUUGAUUGAAAACGCAUUAAUUGAAAUGGAAAUAAGAAACGUAGUUUAAGGCAGUAAACGUAGUUUGGGGCAGUAUCGGGAAGAAGCUAGCCAAGGCAGUGGGCAAAACAUCAUAUAGAGCUGAUUUAUGAGUACGUUUUGUGCAAGUUUACAGAUACAAACGAAGAUCAAAUAGAGACGACUAAACUUGUGGUUAUCAACAUGAACUUUACCAGUGUACCAACAAAUAUAACAACAUCGUUAUCUGCCAAACAGUGUCAUGCCAACCCAGUUUACUUUUCAUUGAUGGCUGUAAUCCACAUUCUUACCUUCGUGGUGAACUUCCUAACAGCAGUAGCGAUAUGGCGGUUACCAGGUCUUGAAGGGAAUAAGUAUCACCUCGUCGUACGAACGUUGAUCGUGAGUGAUUGCCUGAUUUCGUUGUCAAGUCUUCCGAUGUCGAUGAUAUCGUUCAUCAACUGUGGAUGGGUUGGAGGAGCUGUUGCUUGUAUUCUGUCUGCGUUCUUUUCAACAGCAUUUCUAAGCUGGUCUGCAAUGAUUGUAAUCGUCAUGUGUGUGAUGCGAUUUUUAGCGGUUAAGAAGCCUUUACUUUACCGCAACAGCGUCACUUACCUUCGUAUUAAGAAAGGUCUUGCAGUAGCUUUCAUAUGGGGAGUUCUACACUUGGCUCUUCCUCUUGCAGGACUUGGAAAAUUUCGUCUUUACGAACGCGGUUACUUUUGCGCGUUGGAUAUCACACCAGUCCGUCCCAAAGACAAAACCUUGGUUUAUAUCACGGUAACAGAAGGAUGUCUGGUGAUGACAGCGCUGGUGUAUUUCAGUAUUGUAGUGAUGGUUCUGGUGAAGAAGAAGAGAAGAGUUAGUACUAGUUUGUCGGUCCAGCAGCGGAGAGGCGUAGGGGUAGAAGCGAUAAACAAAAGAGAAGGUGGUUUUGCGACCAUGACUUUUGUUAUUGUCUUGGUGUAUUGCAUCUGCUAUGUCCCUUUCUUGAUUUACAGGACAGUAGUGGUAGUCCGUGGACCAUCACUGAUCAACGAGUACACAUAUUAUUUUACGGAGCUCAUUGCACAUCUUAACCCUCUCUUAAACCCUGUGGUCUACGUGGCGUGCAGCAGACAGUAUCGCAGUUCGAUUAAAAGACUCUUUGAUAACUGCUGUCUGUAUCGUUUGAGCCUGUUGAUGCAGAAAUAUCUUGUUGAAAGUUACGGCGGAUCAUCAAGCAUUGAACUGCGCAAGAUGUCUUCCUUGUCUGCAAGAUCAGAGACUACAAUUGUCGAAUAAGUGUAAUAUCAUUUUUGUAUAUACAAUACAUGCAGAAUACAUACAUAUUGCACGGUAUUUGACCCUAGGAC